GAUGUGAUAACUACAAGCACUAGCAACACAUCCACCAAUAAAUGAAAAAAACUAUUCCAUCAACUUGCUUCAAUAUUUCUAUAACAAUUCUUCAAAAAUCUCCAAUUAAAAACCUAACAAAACACACACACACACUCUUCACUACCCUUAUAAAUCAUGUGGAGGUUAUUAGUAACAAUGAGGCAAAAUUUGCAAAAUAUGGGAAAAAGUCCAAGAGUUGCUGAUGAAAAUAUGAUAAAUAAUAAUGAGGUUAGAAGAUCAACAAGGCAACAUAAUUGGACAGGAUUUUCGAUUAUUUAUGGCGUAUUUCGCGCACCGUUCGCGUUAUUUUCGUGUGUAAAUCAACCUCGAAUCAAUGGAACAGAUGGUGUUUGGGUUUCUGGAGAAUUUUCACAAAUUUCUGAAAUGAAUCAUCUUAUGGUUAGUGAUAGUAUGCGUUAUGCAAUAUUGAUGUGAAGAAGAAAAAAAAAUAUAAUACUAUAUGGUAAGAAAUGAAAUGAAAUUUUAGUUGAGACUUUUUUAGGUUGUGUUUUUGGGAGUAUUUAUGUAUGUUGAUGUAUCUGAACAAUGGAUUUGUUAUAUCUUUUUCGUGAGGGUUGUAUAUGUUUUACUUUCUCGAUUUCAUUUUAUACGAUGAUGUUUGACCGGA